UGAAGAUAGUACAGGCUAUGUAAGCAUUAACAUUGAAGAUGGCACAACUUAUGUAAGCAUUAACAUUGAAGAUGGUACAGCUUAUGUAAGCAUUAACAUUGAAGAUGGUACAGCUCAUGUAAGUAUUAACAUUGAAGAUGGCACAGCUUAUGUAAGCAUUAACAUUGAAGAUGGUACAGCUUAUGUAAGCAUUAACAUUGAAGAUGGUACAGCUUAUGUAAGCAUUAACAUUGAAGAUGGUACAGCUUAUGUAAGCAUUAACAUUGAAGAUGGUACAGCUUAUGUAAGCAUGAACAUUGAAGAUGGUACAGCUUAUGAAAGCAACAUUGAAGAUGGCACAACUUAUGUAAGCAUUAAUAUUGAAGAUGGUACAGCUUUUGUAAACAUUACCAUUGAAGAUGGUUCAGCUUAUGUAAGCAUUAACAUUGAAGAUGGUACAGCUCAUGUAAGUAUUAACAUUGAAGAUGGUACAGCUUAUGAAAGCAACAUUGAAGAUGGCACAACUUAUGUAAGCAUUAAUAUUGAAGAUGGUACAGCUUUUGUAAACAUUACCAUUGAAGAUGGUUCAGCUUAUGUAAGCAUUAACAUUGAAGAUGGUACAGCUCAUGUAAGUAUUAACAUUGAAGAUGGUACAGCUUAUGAAAGCAACAUUGAAGAUGGCACAACUUAUGUAAGCAUUAAUAUUGAAGAUGGUACAGCUUUUGUAAACAUUAACAUUGAAGAUGGUUCAGCUUAUGUAAGCAUUAACAUUGAAGAUGGUACAGCUCAUGAAAUUAUUAACAUUGAAGAUGGUACAGCUUAUGAAAGCAACAUUGAAGAUGGUACAGCUUAUGUAAGCAUUAACAUUGAAGAUGGUACAGCUUAUAUAAGCAUUAACAUUGAAGAUGGUACAGCUUAUGUAAGCAUUAACAUUGAAAAUGGUGCAGCUUAUGUAAGCAUUAACAUACAAAGUAAUCAUGAGAAUAUAAUAUAACUUCAGGACAGUAUAAUUCAAAACCCCAAGAAGACACAGUCAAUUAUGCACUUUAUACUUGUAAAAAUGUAUUAAAGAUUGCCUCAAUUUGGGUCAUCUUGGUGGCUGUACCACAGACUGAAUAAGCUACAUUGCAGUAGAGUGGAGUAUAUAUAUAAACUAUAGUAUAAAGCAGAUACACAGAAUAGUUUACUGCCUCUUUACCAACUUACAUGGGAGUAUGUUGGUGUAACGAUUCUUAGGGCGAUUAGGCGCCAGAUCAGCAUGGUGCCAGUUGUGUUUAGCAGCUGUUUCCUUCACCAACUGGUUAAGCAGAAAGCAAAGAUCAGUAAGACAAUUCUAAGCAACACUUGUUCCAAAUUUAACAUGAUAUAAAUAGGGAAAAUAAACAAUAAAGCCUGGAAGUUGAGAAUGCCUGUAAGCUAAACAAACGUAUUAACUGUAAAGCCUGACAUUCACAUUUGCUCUAUGGCGGGCAUACUGCAUUACUGCAGCCAUA